CUAAGAUUUCAUUUAUUUUUCAGUUCUACUGAUUGGUCAUUAAGUAAUAUUGAAGUAUUUGGUGAAACAGUGAUACCUGAUAUGUCUCGUGUUUUAUUAAUGUACAUCAAUAAUACUGUGAAGAAUCAAAACUUUCAACAUUCACUCUUUUUUGAAAAACGUGUUACUAGUAUGGAAGAUGAUUCUUUAUUACAAAAAGUUGAGAAUCUUCAGCAAAAAGAAUAUGAACAUCAAAUUAGAUAUCUUUUAACCAAUGCUACUCAUUUAUUAUAUGAUAUGACAGCAUUACUGAACUGUGUUGAUGUUAGAGAGCAAGGAGAAGAAUUUUUGAAUGAUGGCAUAGCAAAUCUUAUUCCUUCUGUGAAGCAUAAUUAUACAGGGCAAGUAUUUGUGAUGCAUUUCCAACAGUCGAAUAGGACCGAUUACGAGAAUUUAAAACUAUUAUGUCGAUGCUUUGGACUCUUUUAUAGUUCUCAUCAAGCACCUCGAGGAUUACAUAAUAAUAUGUUGAGGUUUAUUUGGAAAACUAGUCAUGUUUUUCUGAUUGGAACAACAUCACCUUAUUACAGUAUGAAGUUAGGAAGUAAUUUCCAGUAGAAAAAAAAAAUGUUCCUUAUAUUACAUUGAUAUAAAUUUUGAUUUAUUAAUCAAUAUAAAUUUUUAAUCAAGAAUUGCACAAAUAAACUUUUCUUUAAAUUUACUAAUUAGUUUGUAUUUCCAACUAUCAGUAUUGGGAAAAAUAAAUUUGUUUAAUCAAUUACUAAGUAAGCAGAUGUGACUCAAUAAAAUCUUGUAUAAUGUAAAAUAUCUUGUUGAGAAUCAAUGUUGUUGAUCUGUUAAAAUUAUUGUAUCCAUUGCUAACUUUAAAAAAAGAAAGAAAAAAAAAAAGGCAUUUAUGUUGUAUACAGUAUUUAAAUAUUUUUUAUUAAAUUCUUACAUUCCUAGUCAUUUUAUGAAUAUUUAAAUCAAAAUAAUUUAUUUCAAUGUGUAUUUUUUUGUAUUGUGUAAACCAAGUUUGAAAUAAACAAGAAACUUUUUAAAAUAUUAAA